AUGCCAUUACGUUCACUAAUUUCCCUAAUUCAAAUAUACCUUUGCUUGGUUGCAGCGGAUCUUGCCGUUGUAAAACCAGGUAGUGGUGACCAGAUUUCAGUUUCUUCAAAUUCUGCAUCCUUUGAUGUAGAAUGGACAGACGCUGGUAACGUACCAGAUUUGAGUUCAGUUACGCAAUACGUUUUCACUCUGUGUUCCGGUCCAAAUAAUAAAAUUGAGGCUGUUACUACGCUGGCGACAGUUUCCGCGGGCGAAGUAACCGCUAACAAAUAUACUGUAACCGUUGACACAAACGCUGGCGCAAGUGGUACUUAUUUUGUACAAGUGGUGGCCGUUUCUCCUGAAUGGAUUACCAUUCACUACUCAAACAGGUUUACUAUUACUGGAUUGCAGGGGAAUAAAGCAGCACCGCCUGUGAACGAACCACAGGGACCAACGCCUGAAACUAUGAAAAUAGGCCCAGAUGGGCCACCACCACCGAUAGACUCUGCUUCAUUCAAACUUCCCUAUGCGUCACAAACCGGAUCCACCCUUUUUGCAGCCAUGCAAACCCAGCCGGGAUCUACAGUCACGGCAACACAAUGGACUCGAAUCAAUCCUACAAGUGCCUGCACCUUCUUUAAAGCUGGCACUUAUAAACCUCAAAUAAAAACUACAAUAACAGCGGGUUGGGAUUACACGAUUACAAGCCGUAUUAAUGAUGUCCAUCCUAAACCAAUGCCCGCGGAAAACGGCGGGUGGUACAAACGUGCAGACAAGAUGACUUUGACGACUCGAAAGGUAAAUAGGUCCGUAAAUUGA